AAGAUGGAUUUUUUCUUUCUCAAAAGAAAUACACUACUGAUAUACUUAAGGAAUUUGGUAUGCUGAAUACCAAACCCUUAUAGCUUCCUAUGGACAGUCAUCUAAAGUUAACUGCUGACAAGGGUGAUGCUCUUCCUGAUCCUAGCCUUUAUCAAAGGUUGCUUGGUAGGCUCAUCUAUCUCACCAUUACAAGGCCUGAUAUUGCCUUUUCUGUUCAGAUUCUAGCUCAGUUCAUGCAUCAGCCUACUAUUGUCCAUCUACAGGAUGCUAAACGCUUGCUAAGAUACUUAGUUGGUACAAUUUCUCAAGGCAUUUUACUUGCAUCAAGUUCUGCUGCUACUCUUACAACUUAUUGUGACAGUGACUGGGCAGGUUGUCCUAUGACUAGAAGAUCUACAACUGGUUACUGCAUAUUCCUAGGUGACUCUCCUAUCUCCUGGAAGGUCAAAAAACAAUAUGUCACUGCCAAAUCUUCUGCAGAAGCAGAAUACAGGGCCAUGGCAUUGACUAACUGUGAAGUUACUUGGCUCACAACUCUCUUAAAGGACCUAGGCUUGAAGAAUUUGCCACCAACUGUGCUUAAAUGUGAUAAUCAAGCUGCCCUUGCCAUUGCUGCUAAUCCUGUUCUACAUGAACGCACUAAGCAUGUGGAAAUUGACUGUCAUUAUGUUAGAGAUCAGAUUCAACAGGGAACCAUCAAGGCUGAGAAAAUUGCUUAUUCUGAUCAGGUUGCUGAUAUUUUGACUAAGAUUCUGCCUGUUCAGCUGCAUAAUCAACAUGUUCACAAGCUAGGAGCUUCAUCUUUACCUCACUCACCAACUUGA